AUGGGCCCCUGUACCGCCUCCUCAUGCUGCUGCCAGGCCCGUAAUCUGCCAUGGGCCCCUGUACCGCCUCCUCAUGCUGCUGCCAGGCCCGUAAUCUGCCAUGGGCCCCUGUACCGCCUCCUCAUGCUGCUGCCAGGUCCACAGUGUCUCAUGGGUCCCUGUACGGCCUCCCAUUGCUGCUGUCUGUCUCCAUCGCCACACUCUGCCAUGUGCCACUUUCAGGUCUCCUCACAUUGCUGGUGUGUUCCAUUUUUUGUCAUAGGGUGCUGGCAGAUUACGGGCCUCCCAUUGCUGCUGUCAGGCCCGUAAUCUGCCAUGGGCCCCCGUACCGCCCGCCUCCUCAUGCUGCUGCCAGGUCCACAGUCUCUCAUGGGUCCCUGUACGGCCUCCCAUUGCUGCUGUCUCCAUCGCCACACUCUGCCAUGUGC